CUUCCGCUUCCGGGGGGGCGGGCGGCGGCAGCCAGGGUGAAGAAGGUGACACCAUGGGCCUUCACUUCGGGAACCUGGCGCGGGUUCGCCAUGUCAUCACCUACAGCCUCUCGCCCUUCGAGCAGCGCGCCUUCCCCAACGUCUUGUCCCACGGGCUGCCCAACAUCUGGCGGCGUUUCAGCUCCCAGGUCUUCAAGGUGGUGCCCCCCUUUCUGGGAGCCUAUCUUCUGUACUCCUGGGGAACGCAAGAGUUUGAGAGACUGAAGAGGAAGAACCCCGCUGACUAUGAAAACGACCAGUAAUCGAGUUAAUAAGGAGACCGUUACCUCGCUGUAUUAUCAACUCCGUGUUGCUAAGCUUGCUUGCGUGACUAGAGGGGUAUUGAGAGGGAGAUGAGUCUAAUAAACUUUAACUUUGCCCCAUGA